UGUUUUGCACUGUGUUGCCCGUAGUAACCUGACGAUGUCUGAGGGGACAAUACUGAGACUGGUUCAGGAGCUGUCAAACCGUUUGAACUUACUUCUCAAAGAGAUUUCCACAACGGACAUGAAUGGAUUUGCAUCUCACGUUCAGGACCUCUUUCAUGAGGCCACCUCCCCGGCUCUGACCCAGGAAAACUUAGAGGACCCGAACUUCAUCAGACUGUGGUUCAGGGUCAAACUGCUGCCCCUCCUGCCACAAAUACCUUUAGACCUCCUCUCCUGCCUCAGCACCAAGAACUUCACCUGCCCAGUUUUUCAAACCAUUGUAGCAGAACUCAGCAGAGAAAUACAACACAUGGAUGGCAGUCAGACCUAUGGUCAUCAAAUCUACAAAUACUUCAUCUAUUCCUUCCUGCGACACCACAACACCUCUCAACCCCAGUGUGUCUCAUCAGGAAGUCACAGUGCAGAAUGGCUGAUAAGCAACUUUGGUUUCUUUGCAAGAUUUGCAUCUGUUGUGGACUUUUACAGCCUGAACCCAAACUUCUCUGGACUGGAGGCGCUACACGUCUUAACACCAAAGCAGGUGACAGAGAUGCUGGUGCUGUCCCUUCAGUCUCUGGCAGACAAAGAAGCAGCUGUAAGAAUAAUCUUUGAGUUCCUUCUUGAAUCCCCAGUGGACAGAAAGUUCCCACAGGUCCUGGAACAUCUGGUGAACUUUGCCAAAGAGGGAAACCUCUCCUGUUCAUCAUACAAAGCACUAUUUGCCAGAUUUGAUCUGGUCACAACCACAGUUUCUCUUGAUAUUGCAGUGAGCAUCACCUUGACAACGACGGCUUUAUCCAAGCAGAUACCACCAGGUUGCAGUCUGUACAGAGGAGAGUGCAAUGUAACAUCAGUAAAUGAGACAGCCAUAUGUGUUAACGUGAACAGCACAUUGGUGCAGAGCCACCUUGACAGUGGACACAUUAAGGGACGUUUGUGUAACUUCAGUGUCGAGGAAUUCGCCUGCGCUUCACUGUCUGCAUUAACGGCAGAGGAUUUGGCUGUGUUGAUAAAGUGUAACCGCUCCUUCACUGGUUCCAGAACCGUCUGGAAGCUGCUCCUCUCUAAAGCCUCUGCGGUGCUCGAAAACUCACUGGAUCUUCUUGCCAGCAUGACACUGGACCCCAGGCAUACUGCAGUGUCAUUGGUUCUGGAUGCUGUGCGAGAAAUCAGAUUGGAUGCUUCGACCCUUUACAAUGAUUCUGACUUCAUCCAGCUGUGGUUCAACCGCAGGCUCCGCCCGUUCCUGCCCGCCAUGUCCACAGACUUCCUGUCAUGCCUCAGCACAAAGAAUCUGAGCUGCAGCACUUAUCAGGACAUUGUGCAGAUUUUAAGUGGUCUCCAGAUGAACAUGUCAUUUCCCCUCCAGAUGUCUAUCUACACAAAUUUUAUUAAGGGUUUCCUCACCAGGAAUGAAACAGCAGACCCCGGCUGCAGCAUGCACCCUCCCAACAGUGGAGAAUGGAUAAAGGAAAACCUUGGCGGGUUCUCUGCUCUUUUGUCUUUUAAUGACCUACAGAUGCUGCACCCCAACUUCAAUGUGAUGGAAGCCUUGCCACAGCUGACAGUCAGACAGCUAGCAGAGGUCGCCUCCACACCGGGACAGCUCACCUCUCCUGCCCAGGUUACCAUAGUGACGGACCACAUCCCCAAUCACCUCCUCGCUGCCUUCUUCGAUGACCUUUCCGCUGGGAUCAUGAGUCAUGAGACCGUGUUCCCCGCUGCAGUGAGGUCAGCGAUGUUACAAGUUGUCUACGAUCGCGCAAACCUCUCCGAUCACUCUGUGAGUGAUUCAGUCGUGUCAGUGUGGCUCCAGAAACGUCUGCUCCCCCUGUUGGUUAGCUUGUCACCACAACAUGUCAUGCCGUUCUUUAAAAUAUUAGCAAGGAGGAACUGCAGCAUCGAACAGCAGGGCAUCAAAAUUCUGAAUUCAACGAUUGCAACUCUUGGUGGAGAUACCAAGAGGGAAAUCUACAACCACAUCAUUUGGAGUCUUAAAGGUAAAUAAUUCAAUGUGGAAAGAAACUCAUUGCAUAUUGCAACAUUUGCAGUAUUUUUUAGAUAUUCUUAAACUUAUUUAUCCUAAUUUUUGAAGUAAUAUGUACUGAAAUAUCUGUUUCUGUAUCCCAAAUCAGGCUACUUAGACACACACUAAUAAUCCAACAGUGUUUCCAUCUUAUUGGUUCAAGAUUGAAAACAUUUUAACAAUACAAAUCAAAAACUACUUCUGCAUGAGCAAUAAUGACCAACCAGAUUAACUUUCCCUAACUGGCAGAGAAGGCCAGUUAAAAUUCUGACUUUUUCCUCCCACAAGUCAAGAACCUGCACAAAGUCUAGAACAUAAUAGCAUGAGAUAAAAAGAAACCCCAUUUACGAGGGGUUAUUGAAAAGUUUUGAGCCCAACCAAGAUGAAACCACAGCUGCAUUAAUGUAAUUAUUCUACAAUGUGUCUGUAACAUUGCACCAAGUAAGUCAGAAUUUGACACAUUCUCAAGAGAAAUGUUGGUUUUUCAGAAAAGAUGGAGAGCCACACGCUACUUUUUUGAGUUAGGCUCAAAACUUUUUAAUCACCCCUUGUAGCAAAUUAUGGAACCUGCAACUCAUUGGUGCUGGGGCACAUCCCCAGAUUCUGGAAACUUGCUGUUGCAUGUAGUAGGUGAGAAUCUACAACUCCCCCUGGAUGGGAUGCCAGGCCAUC